AAAACCCAGCAGGUGGAUAGGAUAGAUACUCGUGGAACACUAAAAAUAUCUCUCCUAGUGCUAAGAUUUUCAGCUUUAGCUAAUUUGGGACCAAAGGCAACAAGAUUUUCAUGCACAAGGACCAUUAAUAUCAGUGACCAAUAGCAGUGGAGCUCAGCUCAGCUCAGCUAAGGUAAGUGAAAUUUAUCUAUGAAAGAAAGGCAUUGAGAGAGGAGAGGAGCAUUGCCAGCCAGCAUAUUUGUAGCCCAAAAGCUUUUCACCUACCCACCUUAACCCAAACAUUAACAAGUUGUUCAUAAACAAGCCAUGGUGACUCCUCAACAACGCCCACAUCGGCUGUUCCUAGAUAUGGAAACCGCGAUGCCGCCCAGCAGUUUAAACAGCGUAGUUGGGACCUACAACAAUGAGUCCAAUUUUAACGACAACAUGGUGAUAGUCCUGGCAGCUUUGCUGUGUGCACUGAUUUGUGCUCUUGGGCUGAAUUCAGCUAUCCGCUAUGUUGUACGAUGUGGCUACAGCUUUGGUUUAUGGACCUCAGAGCAAAUCCCAGCACUCGAUGAACUGCCUUCAACCAGUACAGGCCUCACAAAGAGUGCAUUGAGCCAGAUUCCAGCCACGGCAUAUGAAUCAGGACUAAAUCUUACAGUGACAGAUUGUUCAAUUUGCCUUGGAGAUUUUGCAGAAGGCGAGAAAGUCAGACUUGUCCCAAAGUGCAGCCAUGUUUUCCAUGCUAUGUGUAUAGACACAUGGCUGUUGUCAAACUCCUCCUGUCCAUUGUGCCGGCAAGCAUUGAUAUAUAUAGUACAAGAUGCUGGAAUUUCAUAGUUGGGUUGCCUGAAAGCUGUGGACAGGGCAACCUAACUUAGCUUGGGAGUUGAGCUUGAUUGGUGGCAGUGGCAGUAGUACAUAUGUGAUAAUAAUUUCUGGUUUAUUUGGUAUUGUUCUACUGCAGUGCUGGGUGAAAAAAGAAAAGAAAAUCAGAAAAGUGCUUUCUGCUUUCUA